UUUUACAGUUGAGAAAAACAGGAGGUAAAGAGAGGAAGGAAUCUGCUUUAGGAAGCAGCUCUGGAAAGCAGAACACAGUUUCCUGCUCCCGCUCUCUCUCCACUACUCUCCCUUUAAAAAAUAUACUUUCUUCUAUGGCCAAUUAAACAUUCAUUACCAACCUGCGAUUCCCUUAGGACUUUAAAAGGAGGGUUGUUCAGGGGUGACAACAAUCUUCUGUCUGUUAUACGUGUCCAUGUAGGCAAAAACUUUCCCAAAUUCAACCCCAGUCUAGGUCCCAAAAACUAACUACAGAGUGCAGGGAAACCAGACAGCUACAGUUCACACCAGGAACCUCCUCUCCUAGCUCACGUUUCUACCCGAGCCCGCGGAGGAACAGACCGGAAGUGGCGCGCAGCCUCCCAGCGGAGGGAACCGCCUAUGCCGCCGUCGCGCUGGCCGGAAGACGGGGGUGCAACCCUUUGAAGUGUCCCCUCCUACUUCUUGCUGCCUCACGGUUGCUGUUGCAGACCCAGGAGUCUCUGAAGGCUUCCGCGGCUUUGGGGCCGGUUGUGAGAUGCCAGGCAGAGGCCGCUGCCCCGACUGCGGCUCCACGGAGCUGGUGGAAGACUCGCACUAUUCGCAGAGCCAGCUGGUGUGCUCCGACUGCGGCUGCGUGGUCACCGAGGGGGUCCUUACCACUACCUUCAGCGACGAGGGCAAUCUCCGAGAGGUAACAUAUUCCCGAAGCACAGGGGAAAACGAACAAGUUAGUCGCAGCCAGCAACGAGGUCUCCGGCGAGUGAGAGACCUUUGUCGAGUUCUGCAGUUGCCACCAACAUUUGAGGAUACCGCAGUUGCCUACUACCAACAGGCAUAUCGGCACUCUGGCAUCCGAGCGGCCAGGCUGCAAAAGAAGGAGGUGUUGGUUGGGUGCUGCGUCUUAAUCACCUGCCGACAGCAUAACUGGCCCCUAACAAUGGGGGCCAUCUGCACGCUGUUGUAUGCAGAUUUGGAUGUGUUUUCUAGCACUUACAUGCAGAUAGUGAAGCUCCUGGGACUGGAUGUGCCAUCUCUGUGCUUGGCAGAACUGGUGAAGACCUAUUGCAGCAGCUUCAAACUGUUCCAAGCUUCACCUUCUGUGCCAGCCAAAUACGUGGAAGACAAAGAGAAGAUGCUGUCUCGAACAAUGCAGUUGGUGGAGCUGGCAAAUGAGACGUGGCUGGUGACCGGGAGGCAUCCCUUGCCCGUCAUCACUGCUGCGACUUUCCUGGCUUGGCAGUCGCUGCAGCCUGCAGAUCGGCUUUCAUGUUCCCUUGCCCGAUUUUGUAAAUUGGCAAAUGUGGACCUGCCCUACCCCGCGUCCUCCCGCCUGCAGGAGCUGCUGGCUGUGCUGCUGCGGAUGGCUGAGCAGCUGGCCUGGUUACGAGUUCUGAGACUUGACAAACGGUCUGUGGUGAAGCACAUCGGUGACCUUCUCCAGCACCGCCAGUCACUGGUCCGCUCGGCCUUUCGGGAUGGGACAGCAGAAGUGGAGACCCGAGAGAAGGAGCCACCGGGGUGGGGACAGGGGCAGGGAGAAGGGGAGGUGGGAAAUAAUUCCUUAGGUUUACCCCAGGGGAAGCGGCCAGCCAGUCCUGCCCUUCUCUUGCCACCCUGCAUGUUGAAGUCCCCGAAGCGGAUCUGCCCUGUACCCCCUGUCUCCACUGUCACUGGAGAUGAGAACAUUUCUGAUAGUGAAAUAGAACAGUAUUUGCGUACCCCUCAGGAAGUUAGGGACUUUCAGAGAGCCCAGGCUGCUAGACAGGCUGCCACGAGUGUCCCUAACCCUCCCUGAUGGAUAUCCACUGGGAGCACUUCAUCCUAUUCUGACAGCUUGAUAACAUUCCUGUUAUAACCAAGGACAGAAGUGUACACCAGUCCGUAGGUAUUGCUUUUCUUGUUUGAAGGAACCAAGAGGGGCUCUGCCAUUAGUUGGACCCUGGGUCCUGGAGUAAAGUCAGGAGUGCAGGGAUGACUAUAGGUAGAGAUUCCCAUCCCUUGGUGUGGGAGAGCAAGUUGCCUAUAUCCAUGUUCUGUGAGAUGGCUUUCCUCAUAGAUGGAUGGGAAAAUGUCAGGCUCUUUGCUGCUGGUUUGAAUUGGACACACUGCUGCGGCUCCUCCUGCAGGCCUGAGGGGGCUUCCCUCUGCUUGUGGAGUGGUUGGCAUUCCCGGCAGUAUCAACCCUCAGAGGAGCGGGAACUGGGGAAUUCUGGCCCUACGUGCAUUCACAGGCAAUGUUGGGUUUGUGUGUAUGGUGUCAUGAGAUCCUCUACCUCAUAACAAAAGGACAGUGGGUAGACUAAGGCAGUAGCUCAAAGGGCUUUGCAAAAUUUUAAUAUAUUAAAACAAGAGGCAUCUGCUAGAAAACAUUCUAUUGUAUAAAACCCGAGUUCUUAAAAA